UGUGUAGUGGGAGAACCGCACUGGCUGCCCGGUUGUUCUGGUCAGUGUAUCAACCCGAAGGACCACUGAUUAAUGCGACUUAUAUCUACGUUGUUCAAAGGAAUAUUUUUGCUACUGCAGACGCGCUAUCCUGGAAGCGAUCCCGCGUAGGAUUACCUACACAAGAUUUGACUUCACUGGCUGUCGUAGUUUGGACUAAUAGGAAAGAGUUUGGGGAACAGAUUUAGCUAUGCUCUCCAAUGCAGCUACUACUGGCCAAAGCUGUGAUUUUUGAACUUUCCCUGCUUUGGAAGUAAGAUUAUUGUACGGGGGUCUUCUGUCGGAACACCAUAACCAUUGUGCGUAAAGUAAAGGGAGUAUAAAAUGCCGGACCAAAUCACAGUGUCGGAGUUCAUAGCCGAAACUAAUGAAGACUAUAAAGCGCCCACCGCGUCCAACUUCACGACGCGGAUGUCUCAUUGCAGGAAUACAGUGACUGCUUUGGAGGAGUCCCUGGAUGUGGACCGCAGCGUGCUCUACAAGAUGAAGAAGUCAGUCAAGUCCAUCUACGCCUCUGGUCUUGCUCAUGUGGAGAAUGAGGAGCAGUACACCCAGGCGUUGGAGAAGUUUGGGGAGAACUGCGUGUACCGAGACGACCCUGACCUGGGAUCAGCCUUCCUCAAGUUCUCCGUCUUCACCAAGGAGCUCACGGCCCUCUUCAAGAACCUGUUUCAGAACAUGAACAACAUCAUCACUUUCCCUCUGGACAGCCUGUUAAAGGGGGACCUGAAAGGAGUCAAAGGGGACCUGAAGAAGCCUUUUGACAAAGCCUGGAAGGACUACGAGACCAAAGUCACGAAGAUUGAGAAGGAGAAGAAGGAGCACGCGCGGCAGCACGGCAUGAUCCGCACAGAGAUCAGCGGGGCCGAGAUCGCUGAGGAGAUGGAGAAGGAGAGACGCUUCUUCCAGCUGCAGAUGUGCGAGUAUCUUCUCAAAGUGAACGAGAUCAAAAUCAAGAAAGGCGUAGACCUUCUUCAGAACCUCAUCAAAUACUUUCAUGCCCAGUGCAAUUUUUUCCAGGACGGCUUGAAGGCAGUGGACAACCUAAAGCCCUCCAUUGAGAAGCUGGCUACAGAUCUGCACACAAUCAAACAAGCACAAGAUGAGGAGCGAAAACAGCUUACUCAGCUGAGAGACGUCCUCAAGUCUGCACUACAAGUGGACCAGAAGGAGGAUUCCCAGGUGAGGCAGAGCGCCACCUAUAGUCUGCACCAGCCGCAGGGCAACAAGGAGCACGGCACAGAGAGGAGUGGCAACCUCUACAAGAAGAGCGACGGACUGAGGAAGGUUUGGCAGAAGAGGAAAUGCACAGUGAAAAAUGGCUACCUAACCAUCUCACACGGCACGGCCAACCGGCCGCCAGCCAAGCUGAACCUCCUGACCUGCCAGGUCAAGCACAACCCGGAGGAGAAGAAGAGCUUUGACCUCAUCUCCCAUGACAGGACGUAUCACUUCCAGGCGGACGAUGAGGCGGAGUGUCAGAUUUGGAUCUCGGUGCUGCAGAACAGUAAGGAAGAGGCCCUGAAUAACGCCUUCAAGGGCGACCAGCACGUGGGCGAGAACAACAUCGUACAGGAGCUGACCAAGUCCAUCGUGGGAGAGGUCAAACGCAUGACGGGCAACGACGUCUGCUGCGACUGCGGCGCACCUGGUCCCACCUGGCUCUCCACCAACCUGGGCAUCCUCACCUGUAUAGAAUGUUCUGGAAUCCACCGGGAGUUGGGCGUGCACUACUCACGAAUACAGUCGCUCACGCUAGACGUCCUCAGCACAUCGGAACUCCUGCUGGCUAAGAAUGUAGGGAAUGCAGGCUUCAAUGAGAUCAUGGAGGCCUGCCUGAAUGCGGAGGACGUGGUGAAGCCCAACCCAGCCAGCGACAUGCAGGCGAGGAAGGACUUCAUCGUGGCCAAGUACACAGAGAAGCGUUUCGCACGCAAGAAGUGUCCCGACCCCACGUCCAAGCUGCACACACUGUGCGACGCGGUGAAGGCGCGCGACAUCUUCUCCCUCAUCCAGGUCUAUGCUGAGGGGGUGGACCUCAUGGAGCCUAUCCCACUGGCCAACGGACAUGAGCAUGGUGAGACGGCUCUCCACCUGGCGGUGCGGCUAGUAGACAGAACGUCACUACACAUCGUGGACUUCCUGACGCAGAACAGUGUGAACCUGGAUAAGCAGACAGCUAAGGGCAGCACCGCACUCCACUACUGCUGCCUGACCGACAACAGCGAGUGUCUCAAGCUACUGCUGAGGGGCAAGGCCUCCAUAGACAUUGCAAAUGAAGCAGGGGAGACACCAUUGGACAUUGCACGGAGACUGAAGCACAUUCAAUGUGAAGAGCUGCUGAACCAGGCCCUGGCGGGGAAGUUUAACGCCCACGUGCACGUGGAGUACGAGUGGAGACUUCAGCACGAGGACCUGGACGAGAGCGACGAGGACCUGGAUGAAAAGCCCAGCCCCCACCGGCGAGAGGAGCGGCCGGUCAGCUGCUACACGCCAGGCUCCGCCCUGCAGCCCAGCCCCGCCUCCCUGGCGCGGGACGCCGCCAGCAUGGUCAAGGACAAGCAGCGUGGCUUCGUGCCCAACUUGGUCAACAACGAGACCUACGGCACCAUCGUCAACACCAAUCCCGUGCCAGCGGGACAGCAGGGUGUGUCCAUCUCCUCUGCGCCACCGCUGCCCCCGCGGAAUAUAGGUCAGCUGGCUGUGAUGGGUGGCCUGGUCCAGACCGGCUCGGCGGGUUGGAAGCCGGGCUCCAAGGACCUGUCAGGCCGCCAAAGGACCUCGUCUGACCCCCCCAACAUGCACCCGCCUGUGCCCCCCAUGCGCCUCACCUCCAACACCAUUGUGGGCAACCCUACAGUGGGGAAGAGUGUUAGUGUGAUAGAGUCCGUGAGCAUGCCCAAGACGGGACAGGGCAACCGAGGACAGGGGACAUCAUCUGGCAUGGACAAAUACAACAAAGGAUCCUCAGCUCAUUCGGGCCCCAUCGAGAGACCAGGUAGAUGCCAGAGAAACUUGUUCAACUCUAAGGAAGUUCCCGGCCCCCAGAACACCAUUAGCCAAUCGCUGCCCCCGGCUCCCGUGCCAAGGAAACCCUCGUACUCGAAGCAGAAGCCUAAGCGGGUGAAGGCGCUCUACAACUGUGUAGCGGACAACCCGGACGAGUUGACGUUUACGGAGGGAGAGGUGAUCGUGGUGGACGGGGAGGAGGACCAGGAGUGGUGGCUGGGCCACAUUGAAGGGGAGCCAAUGAGGAGGGGCGCCUUCCCCGUCACCUUCGUGCUCUUCAUAUCGGACUGACACGCGGGGGGUCACGGACGCUGAGCCACGCCGAUGAGGUCAAUCACGCGCUCGUCUGCCAAGAUGGUCUUCCCUCUUCGCCGUCUUCAUAAUCAGCAUAGUCAUCGUCAUCAGUGUCAAGGACCCCCCCCCUCCCCUGCAACACACCCCAAAGUGUGACAAUGUGACUCUAUAAAGCUUGUGUCAUGACCUUACGUAAACUUGCGUACUUCCCUUAGGAAUAUCCUGUCGUCAUCAUCAUAAUCUCUGUAGAGCAAGUUCUUGACACACUUGGAACAUGUUUUUUUCCCCUUUUCUUCCAACCAUGGCGAAAAACGUAGGGAGAGUAAAAAGUAGUCUGUGACUUUAGCAAUAAAUGCACUUUUGACUUAUUUAUCCUAACUGAAACAUUGGAGGAAGAAUGUUAACAUUAUGAAGAGGUUGUUCAGAAGUGAAUCUGUACAGAAACAUUUUUUUUUCCUGAAAUGGGGACAGAAGAAAACUAAUGUAAAACUCUCUUACUAAAAUAUCUCUAUACAUACCUUGUGAAACGUUACAGUAGAGCUGUUGGCCGACAUUCCAUAUAUGGCAUGUUUUUAUCUUAUUUUUAAUUGUUUGUUUUUUUAUUUCCUGGUAAGGUGAAACGCUAUUGUUGCUGAAUUCCCUAUGAAGACACUGGGUGUGUGGGAUUGUACAGUGAGCG